AUGUGGCGACGGUUCGGCUUGCAGCCUGUAAUUCUUGGGGUUCAACAUAACCCGCCAUCGCGCCGUGCUAUCAUGCUGCGUCCUACGGCUGCAAUUCUAUCGAAUGAAGGAAAGAGUAGAAUAGUGAAACGAGAAGGGAAGGAGCGAAGGCAGGUUUCUGAUACUGCUGAUAUGAAUUUUUCUAAACAUUCUAAAUCAUCAGUAGAAUUGGAGAGCCCUGGUAAGCUUGCGGGUGAAGUAAAGAUGAUGAGGGAAGAGACUCAGCUCAUGUCAUCACAACUGCAAGAAAGAAAUAGUCAGAUUUUGUCUAAUACUAACGAUGAGCAGACUGAGACAUCACAGGAAAGGGAUUGGACAGAACCUUCUCUGGAAGACUUGGAUCGAUCCAUUCCACAAGUAGACUGUGCAUUCAUUGCCAAUCUCAUUCGUUCUCGUAAUGCGAGAAGGAAAGAAUUUUUGCAUAACAAGGCGCGUGUAAAGGCAAAAGUUGAGCAGUUAAGUAAGCAGCAGGCAUCCUCUGUGUUAGAAGCAGCCAAAUACCCCAUCCUUGGUGGACUCAGUGGGAGUAGAAUUGCCAGUAGUAGUAAUAGUAAUAGUAGUAGUAGUAAUGGGGUUACCACAAUAAGCAGUGGUGAUGAUGAUGAUGCUCCUAUUGCAGUAUCACCUGAAGUCCUUGCUCAAUUAUCAGAUGAAGACCGUGAUGCAUUACUCUCUUCACGUCCGGAGUAUGAUGAUGGUUUUGUACUGUUGGACUGUCGUACAGUUAACGAAGUAACCUCGUGGGGUAUGAUUGAAGGUGCUAAAGUUCUCCCCGCUCAUGAGAUGUUUGAUGGUUUUCAUUUAACACCAGAUGAAUUUGAAGUAGAGUUUGGUUUUCCAAAGCCUCGGCCUGAAGAAAAGAUUAUCUGUUACUGUCAAUAUGGACCACGGUCGCUUAUGGCAGCGCAGAUAUUAAGUUGGAUGGGUUAUAUGAACGUUUUACACUUUCGUGAUGGUUACUAUGAGUGGGGAAAGCAAUACAAUUUACUACUUCGACGGUGGAUGGUACAUGACAAGGAAUCAGGUAAUGAAAUUCGUCGACAAGCAGCAUUUCAAGCAGGACUUGAACUCCAGCGUGAAAUUGCUCCAGAGUUUAAUGAACUUCCUAUGUCUGAGGCCGCUCGUUAUAAAAUAGAUACAACACGAAGUCGUGGUAAGAUGAUUGUUGGAGAAGGUGUGCGGGAAGAGGCGUAUAGUCAAAUUGCGACACUUGUUUCUGGUAUGCAGCCACCGUUGCUGCCUGGUGUACUUGAUGAUGCGGACCGUGCGGUGGGUGUGAGUGGGGCGAUUGGUCGACGUGAACAACAAAUGAAGAACUUUCUGCAGGAAACAACAGGAAUGGAUGCACACAAGGAAGAUACACGACCCCCGAUGGGAUUGGCAGAAGUACAGGCGAAAGUUAUGGACGCGUUUACGCGAAGUGAUGGUGGAAGUCAUGCACCACCGCGGUAA